GGAAACAAAACCUCAACGCCCGGCGAUCAUUUCCUGUAGGUUAAGUUUUACUACAGUUGGGAAGAAAUGGCGGACAUGGAUGAAUUGUUCGGGAGUGAUGGAGACAGCGACAAUGAUCAGCGAGAGUCUGGCUCUGGCUCUGGUUCAGACUCAGAGCAGGAGAGACCGCGAUCUGCCAGCAACGCUUCAGGCAGUGGCAGUGACAGUGAGAGGGAACGGGAUGAUGAUGAUGAAGAGGAAGGCCAGGAGGCAGGAAAACCCAGUAUAAAUAAGGAGCUGUUUGGAGACGACAGCGAGGAUGAGCCACACAGUCAACGCAGCGGCAGCGACAACCAGUCUGAACCAUCAGGGAACCAGUCGGACGCCAGCAUGCACUCAGACCAAGGGGACAACGAUCACUCUGACGCAGAGCAGCACAGCGGCUCAGAGCAUGGCCAUCAAGAUGAGGAUGAUGACGAGGAGGACAGGGGCCACCGGUCAGAUGGAGGAAGCCCGGCUGGCAGUGGGAUGUCUGGAGCAGGGAGCCCUCAAUCUGAGAGGGGCAGUGUCCGUUCAGACAGAAGCAUGCACAGCGAUCCUGGGACUCCGCAGUCGGGGCCUGGCACCCCUCACUCUGAUGGAGAAGCUUCUGGCAGGGAAAACCAGUCAGAUGAUGAGAAGUGGGAAGGAGGGGCUAAGAGCGACCUGUCCGAGGAAGACGAGGAGAAACGUCAUUACUCUGAUGAAGAAAGAGAGAACUCUGAUGACGAGGGACCAAGGAACAGGAAGCCAGAGUCUGCAAAGGGGAGCGAUAGUGAAGAUGAUUUCCUGAGACAGAAAACCAAAGCAAAAACCGCCUCUGAUUCAGAUUCAGACAGUGAUAUCGGAACAAAGAAAAAUAAGACGGCAGCAGCAGCAGACGACCUGUUUGGAGAGGCUGACGACAUCUCUUCCGACAGCGAUGCAGAGAAGCCUCCGACCCCGGGACAGCCCCUGGAUACAGAGGAUGGGAUGGAGGGGGAGCAGGCCGAAGAGGAACCCGCGCCCGAAACGCGGAUCGAAGUAGAGAUUCCAAAAGUCAGCACAGACCUGGGAUCUGACCUUUAUUUUGUCAAGCUGCCCAACUUCCUGUCUGUGGAGCCCAGACCCUUUGAUCCUCAGUACUAUGAGGAUGAAUUUGAAGAUGAAGAGAUGCUGGAUGAAGAGGGACGGACCAGGCUCAAACUGAAGGUGGAGAAUACCAUUCGGUGGAGAGCCAAGAGAGACGAGGAGGGUAAUGAAACACGAGAGAGCAACGCUCGCAUUGUCAAAUGGUCUGAUGGCAGCAUGUCCCUCCACCUGGGAAACGAGGUGUUUGAUGUUUACAAAGCUCCUCUGCAGGGAGACCACAACCACUUGUUCAUCCGACAGGGCACUGGACUGCAGGGACAGGCUGUAUUCAAAACCAAACUCACAUUCAGGCCCCACUCUACAGACAGCGCCACCCACAGGAAGAUGACCCUGUCACUGGCUGACCGCUGCUCCAAGACGCAGAAGAUCAGAAUCCUUCCCAUGGCUGGACGAGAUCCAGAGUCACAUCGCAACGAAAUGAUUAAGAAAGAGGAGGAGCGGCUGCGAGCAUCUAUCCGCAGAGAGUCGCAGCAGAGGAGGAUGAGGGAGAAGCAGCACCAGAGAGGCCUGAGCAGCAGUUACCUGGAGCCCGACCGCUACGAUGACGAGGAGGAGGGCGAGGAAGCCAUCAGCCUGGCAGCCAUCAAGAGCAAAUACAAGGGAGGAGGAGGCCUGAGAGAGGAGCGAGCCAGGAUCUACUCAUCAGACAGCGAUGAAGGCUCUGACGAUGACAAGGCCCAGAGGCUGAUGAAGGCCAAGAAGCUAGACAGCGAUGAGGAGGGCGAGGGAUCAGGAAAGAGAAAGGCAGAGGAUGACGAGGAAAUGGCCACCAAGAAGGCCAAGAAAUAUGUCAUCAGCGAUGAAGAGGAGGACGAGGACGAGGAUGACGAAUAAUUCACUUUUUUAUAAUUCCACUGUAUUAUUAGUGCUCGGCCCACAUGGCAUAUAAACAGCCAUAUUUUGUUUUGUAGAUUUUCUUAAGACCUGCGUGUAUAUGUGUGUGUGUGUGUGUGUGUGUGUGUGUGUGUGGGGGGGGGGGGGGGGUUCUUCAUGUUGUGUACAGCAGAGGUGAGAAAUAAAGAAAUGGUUGUCUUAUGUAACCAAACCUU